ACCUAGAUUUAAUGUCGGGCUGACAUUGUAUAUGUUUCACAAUCAAUUCGUAAAGCUACUGCUCGCAUCCAUUACUUCCUACGUUCUGAUACAACAUAGCACAUUCUAAAAUAACAACACCUAAUAUGCAUACUAUUAGCGUCACUAGGCGUGUCACGUAUGCGGUCACCCCAUUACACUAGAAACUCGGGAAAUUAUUCAGGCACUCAUACAAGCACAGAACCAUAACUAACGAGCUAAAGCUCAGUUGCAUUUUACAUGAAGGGAUGUUCAUGUUCAUGUUACCAACAACAGGCAUAAAUACUUAGGUGGUAGUUGCAUUACACUUAAACUUCUGAUUAUUUAUGAACUGUCUCAGUCAGGGAAAAGAGUUUAACACAGCAUUUCCAUGCACCAUGACAUCAUUAUGAAGUGACAAAGACAAAACUAAAACCGACAUAAUAUACAUGUAUAUGGUUAAAAGUGACAAAAUAAAGAACAAAAAAGUAGCAUGUUUGCACGUGUAAAUGAAGUUAUGUUACUUAUGUCAUGGCGACAUCAAAACGUCAUGUUAAACUUUUUUUCACAUAUCUUUAUUGUUAAGUGUUAACAUUAUGCAUUUCUUGACCCUUGAGGUGAUGUAAUUCAUGGCAGCUAAGUAUCCAGCAUUUAUUAACAAAGAUGUCAGUCAAAGAACACUGAAUAGUAACUUUUAUUUUUAAAUUAUAAACUCUCUUACUCUCUAUGUUAUGAUGAUGGGAAGUAUAUUAACAUAGUUACACUGCCAGUCAUGUUCUUCUGGCUAGAGUCAACAGAGUCCAUGCAUUUCAACAUAAAUUGCUCGGAUUCAGUAAAACAUCAACAAAACCUGUUAAACAUGUUCUGAGAGAUGUGCAAUGCAUCAUCCAUAACCAAAACUGGAACCCAAGUUAUUUUGUAAGGAGGGGAAAUGCUAAUAAGUCAUUAAUGGUCUAACAUAUGAGUACAGAAAAGCUGGUAUGCAAUAUAAACAGUAACUCACUGUCAUCACAGUAAGAAGUCUUGAGCUGUAUAUUUGUAAAAACCUGUUUCCUCGAACCUUUUGUAUGGAAAAACCCUUUGAACUCAACAAAAAUUCACAUUCAAACAUUCUAACAUCCAUUUUCUAAUUCAUCCUCUUCCAUAUCCAGCAAACUGGCAAUUUAUGCAGCUGUUCAUUGCCCUUUUGAAAGAACUGUAAUUCAACAUGAAUCUGCAUCUGGAAAGUGUGACCCUUGGAAACUAAGCUUCAGUUUGAUACCCUUUGGGAGAAAUGGAUCACCAAAAACAAACUGAAUGAGAUCCUUCAGUGUUGGUAAACCUGACAGCUCAGAGGUUGUUUCACUGACUGUGCCAUUGAUGGUGCCUGUCUGUUUCUCUGAAAUGAAAAAAAAAAUGGCCUCACUGAUUUUCUUUCUGUUAACAAAACACAUCUUCAAUUUAUAAACUUAACGAGGAGACAACUACUGUAACUGCUACAAUGUUGGUUUUGAUACCUGUACACAAUGUUUAAAUCCUUCAGGUCAAUCAUUUUACAAUGUAGGUACAUCAUAAGUUCAUUUUCCUUCGAAAUAUAGGAACUGGCUAAUACAACAUGAGAGUACAACUGGCUACAGCAACACUGAAAAGUAAAGGAGAGGACACGACUGGUUCAGUGCGUGCAUUGAAAAAUGCUUCUAUUCAUGUUGCUCUACAAUGCAAACUGAAAAUGAACUGAUCAGUGAUUUAUGAAUUCAAUAUCAUAGAUGUACGCUCAAGUGAAUUUUGCUUAAGACAACAAACAGUUCUGAAGGGAUCUCUCAGUCUAUACCAGGUGAACAUUGCAUGCAGAAGCCACCACUGUAGCAAAAUGAAGGACUUUACUUCUUUUGGGCAUUUGAAUUUUUGGUAAACCCAUUAUAAAAUGUCAAUAUAGCUUCAACAUUCUCUCACUAGAAAGCCUAGUUCCCCAGAUGAUAACCAGUUAGGAUAACUAUGACAUAUACUAUAAGCAUUUACAUGUACUACUCAUUGCACUCUGGAAGUUCAUCAAUGUAAGUACAGAGCCAUUCAACCACUUGAAUUUCAUGUGCAGUCAAAGUUGUUUGGUCAGCUACUGUGUUGCUUUCCUGUACGUCUUUAGUUGUGUAUGAUAUAUAUAUCACUAGUUAAUGGGAACACCAUUAACUAAGAGAAAUUCUGUCAAGUUUACAGAAUCCAAUCCAGUGCAGAUAGCAUCGCUUUUGUCACGUUGCAACUUAAAUACUUGGUGAAGCAUAACGUGCUGGACUGCUCUUGCCUUGCUUUUCAAUGUGAGAAAUUCAUUCGCAAACCCUGCUUGAGCCAUCAAGAAUUGGAUAUCAUCCCUUCCUUGAAACACUUGAAGGGUGUCAUCAUCUGAGGCAUUCUCAAUCUAUAUAUCAUUGGAAGCAAACAAUAUUUGUAUUAGGUUGUUUUGGUUUCUUCUUAAACAAGACAUUUUGUUGUGACCAGGCUUGAUAGGAGUUAAUGUUUAGGCAUCAACAUAAAUUUGUAAUUAUUACAAUCAACAGACUGUCAUGCAAUAACUUUAAAUUUUUCAAGGUUACAUGUAUAUCUCCCAAUGUUGCAAGUUAUUCUUAGGAAAAUUCCACUCUUAUACCUCCCCGUUGCCCUUAUUGCGCUAGCAACUAACUGACAAAACCCAAGGGAUUUCAUAAGUGGCAAGGUAUUGAGAAUUGCUGGGUAUCAUCACUCUGCAAGUAUUCCUCUUAGUUAACUGGCAGCAGGUGAUCUCUGUCUCCUAUUAAUAUAUUUUAUGGUACUUACUUAGCCUUGGUCUAAAUAAUUUGGGAAAUUCAGAUUAUUUCUACAAUAAUUCCUGUAAGCUGUACAAAUACUACUGUGCACCUUAUGUGCAUAAGGUCAACAGGAUAUAAGACCUUAUUGUAAUUGAAUAGUGAAUGUCAGGUGGAGAAUUGCAGUAUGAUUAAUGAUUAGACAGGAAAAAACAUUCUUGGACUACAGUUUACAUUGUAGGGCUGAGCACACUGAUUUUAAAACAUCUAUGUUUUUUAAUUGUUGGUCACAGAAUACAUGUACCAGUAUAAGUGGUAACGUAUAAUAUAAUCCCAGAGGCACCAUAAGAUUGGAAUUUACCAUUCACGAUAGAAUGCCAGUAACUAAAUACAUGUACAUGCCUACAUUCUAAAGGUGUUCAGUUACCUAAAAUUUCCCUACCUUCAAAUAAAACAUAACCGCCUGUGCCAUCUGUUAUGCCUUUAAGAACAAGGUUGAGAUACUCUCCUUGAAGAACAAGGUUGAGAUACUCUCUUGUCAAACCCUUGGCAUCUAUUCGAUCCUCAUCAACAAAAUCAAUAUCCAAUUCUCUUCUAAUGUCUAUCUCCCCUCUCUUCAUCAUCUUAAAUAAAUAAUUCUCUCACUAACAGGGGAGACUGCUGUUGCACGAAGAUAAUUUGUUCUGGUUUCAGGAUUUUCCUUCUGAACGGGUCCAUUGCAGUUAUAGGGUCCCUCUUAACAAUGCUGAGUGGAAAGGCACCACCUUCAUUUUCUGAAAAAUUAUCUAAAAGAUUGAGGUAAACAUUGCAUACCAAAACAACAACUCACAGGCACUUUGCAACUACAAUGUUUGCUUCAAGUAUUCUCUACUUAGUAUUUACAGGGGGUAUUCAAAAACAGCAUCUGCGACAAAACAAAAUAUCUACAAUACUAUGUACUCUAGAUGUGUUAUCAAUCAUCAGCACAUAUAUCAUGUAGUAAUGCCAGCAUUUGUAAUAUCUCAAAUCCAGGGACAUUGUCAACAUUGGGUUCUCAGAGCUUCUACUGCUUUUGCUGAGGGGUCAUUUAGUCACCCUUGCCCAGUAAAGAAAUAUUUUAGAAAAUAUGAAAUUUUUGUAAAAUACCUGUUUCAUUCAAGAUGUCUUCAGCAUAUGAGCAAUCCAGGAUUCGAUUUGUUGCCUCUGUAAGGCUUGCUGAAGACUUCAAAAUUUCUGCGACAUCCACAUCAUUUACCCCUGGAAACACUUCUUUAAGGGUUUCCAAUUUACUUUGCUCAGAUUCACAUGUUUGGGAAGGUAACAAUUCUGGGGAAACUAUCAAGAUACUUGCCUCCAUGUAACUGGUUCCAGGCCCAUCAACAUCUAAAGGCAAACAAAAAAAAUGACAGAUCAUAGUGAAUGAGAAGAUAACAUUUGUCUUUAAGAAGUAGCAAGAUUGACUAACAUACCAAAAAAAAUAAUUGAUACCACUAAAAUUAACGGCCACCAAGUGUAGUUUUUCAAUCAAAAUGCAACUGACUGACUUUUAUAUGCAUUUUCCCACUAACUGUUUGCUCAUACACUAAGAGGCAGUGUAGCUUAGCCUUAUUUAAAAAGAUCCCAAGUACAACCAGUUUCCAAAUGGUUGUGACAUUGGUUAAAAAUACUACCUCAGAGAAAUUCAAAGUUGUCAUUGCAAGUGGUAGAGGAAAUGAGGGCCAUUAGUCAAGCACAACGUCUCAAACGUUCUAGACUGGUUGUAGCGCCUUUUAAUGUGCAAAAUGUUUAUUGUAAUGUAAGAGAACAAUGUAAGAUGAAGAAGUUCAAGAAAGAGUUUGUGUGACCUUUUCCAACUGUAGCUUGCAUAUUGACCAUUUCCAUCAGCUUUUAAGCAUUUUCAUACCAAUCAAAGAAGGGAGGAAAUUUGGUUAAUGAAUGUAAACUUACAUCAUCCAUAAUAUUAAUAAUUAUUAUUAACAUUAUUAUUAUUAUUAUUAUUAUUAUUAUUAUUAUUAUUAUCUCAUUAAGGAAUGUAAGGGAUACAUAACAAUAGCAAACAUGAAGCAAGACAAACCAAUAAUCUGGUUGCAAUCCAUUGUUUGACAUGUUCUUGGUGCACUUGAUUCCUGAAGAGCAGAUGAGCGGAAGUAAUUACAGAGGGAUGAUUGUGUUGUGCUGCGUGCUGUGGAUUUGUUGGCCGGUAGGUGUCCUACAGGCAAUAGCAACCUGAAAAAAAGAGUUUACAAACAACAAAAUUGUUGUGUUUCAAGUUUUAAAAGUGGAAUACCAUAAGAGACCAUUUUAAUCAAACUAAACUAGUGUCCAGACCUUGUCUGUAUCUGAACAUCGGUACAAAUACAUGUAGGCUCCUACUCUGGAAAACACGCUUAUUUACAUCAAACAGAAUCUAAAGCGCCAGACAGCAGUGUCAGAAGAUGUGUUUCAUAUUGUUUAAUACCCGCUGAGGAGUGAGCAAUUAACUAAUAAAUACUAUUCUUGCACCAGUAUAAAUUUGUCAAGUUAUUUUUUGUGAAAUAUUUCUAGCUGAAACAUUAUUACUGGACAAAACUUACAUCAAUGUUGCUCGUAGAUGAACUGUUAUUAAUAGUUUCUGGAUUAAUCUCUUCGUCUCUCAUAAUUUCAAUGUAGAUGCAACUUUGUCUGUAGUUACAGGUGGUUAGGUGUCAGUGGUGAGGUAUGUGGCUUAUUAACAGGUGGAGAACUAUUGUAAGCCUCACAAAUAGCACUGAGGAUUUCAGAAACAGAGCUUUGUUCUUGGUAAUCUAUGUUCCCUUCCCACAGUUCUUGAAAGGACUUAUAUUGCCAUGGUUCAUCUGGUCUCUCCAUGACUGUUUUAUAGCAAAGACCCUGCACCACCUCUUUUUCUGAGGUGUGGUUGUGGGCCGGCUGAAAGGAAGUCUAGAUGUUCGUUUCUGAGAUGCUCGCUGCCUGCGAGAUAUUGGUCCAUUCUGGCAAUAAUUCCUUAUGAGGUGGCUCACAUUGGACCUUGCUUGGUCAACUGUUGCGCUACAUGGCCACUGACUCUUGAUGGCCUCCACCAAAUAUAUUCCACAAGGCAUCAGCAACUAGUAAAUUAUGCAUAUUGGAAGGCUCAAAUAGUGGUCAGUGUGACUCCAUCAGUGAAAUAAUAACAAUAAAAAGCAAUCUUAUUGCAUUUGGAAUAGCUUUGUACAUCCUAGAGAGAGUGCUGCUCCCUAUUUCAAACUCCUAACAAUCCUUAAAUUAGAUAAUAUAUAUAAAUUAAAAAUAUGUUGCUUUAUACAUAGAAUGAGAAAUGAGACUGAUUGCAUUCCAGAUAUUUUCCUUGACAAGACAGGCUUUUUAAGAGGGGUGUUACAUGAUCAUAUUUUUUCGCACCGCUGACGAUUCGGCAAGCAAAGUUUUGAACGGCCUGCAAUUUUUUAACAUUCUUAUUUGUGGUAUUUGCCCAAACAUGGGAACAGUAGUACAUUUUGCUGAAGACGAAGGUGUGUAUAACGGUUAACAACGUAUUUUUGUCUAAGCAAUGUUGACCCGGUUAAUUUGCGCUAGACGUGCGAUACAUUCCGACGCUGAGGUCGUUAUAUGGUUAUCAAAUGUUAAGUUCGGAUCCAAAAUCACGCCAAGAUCUCUCGCUGAUUGCUUUGGGGAAAUGUCCUUUCAAAACAAAGACAAGUGAAAUUCAUGCAGCUUAGAGGUCAUCUGUCGGCCCCCGAAAACAAUUAAUUUUGUCUUGUCUGGAUUUAGUAGUAGCCGUCAUUCAUUUCUUGGACAAUCCGUUGGCAGUCGUUUAAAUUAAAAGAAACAAACAGUUUUGUAUCGUCUACAUAACAUUCUGUAGAGCAAUGCCUUGGAACUUCUGGUAGAUCAUUUACAUAUAUGCUAAAUAAUAGGGGGCCUAGGAUACUCCCUUAAGGAACGCCACAUUCAACUCGAAGAGGAUCAGAAACGGAACUAUGAAUUCGUACAAUUUGAUAUCUAUUUGUAAGGUAGCUGUUAAACCAUUUUAGCGCGCCGGUUGAGGCGCCGACGCUUUGUUUUUUUGGUAACAAUAUUUGGUGAUCAACGCUGUCGAAGGCUUUACUCAUAUUUAAAAGCAUGCAGGCAAUCAAUUUCUUAUCAUCAAUUCCUUCGAGAAAUGCAUCAGUUGUGUGAAGUAAAGAUGUCUCAGUAGAGAAACAUUUUAUGUCGCCGCUUUGUUUUGUGCUAAGCCUUUCCUUGGUUGUCAAAUAGGUGACAAACUGAUUAUAAGCCACUCUCUCGCAAACCUUUGACAAUGCAGGUAGCAGGGAAAUCGGUCUUUUAUUGUUAGGAAGUUUGUGGUUGCCUUGUUUGGGAAUAGGUUUAAUUUCGGCAGUUUUCCAGACCUCUGGGAAUGUUGAAGCUAAAAGAGAAGCAUUGAUGAUUGACGUAAUGAAAAGGAGUGUGAUCAACAGGCUGUCCUUAAGGACUCGAGUUGGCACUUUGUCAAUCCCAGGAGCCUUAUUAGAAGGUAUUGCGUUUGGCGUAAGCGUUAUGCAAAUUCUGAGUGUGUCGGCGAGGCAUGGUGCCUUACAUUCUGUGCUUUGGGCAUUCCUAUUCUAAAUAAUCUUUCCUCCUUGUCUUUGCGACACUGGGCAAAUCAACACUCGGGAUACAGUGGCUCCUAUUUCCAUCGAUGAACAAGGAACCUCCGCCACGUGGAAAUUUUGGCGCCAAACUGAAGUUGCUUUCCGGCUCUAUCGUACAUGAAGUAGGUUUUUUGCCGACGGUAUAAUUCGAUGCCUCUUAAACGACGACCUGCUGGGACCCCAUAUACACAUGUUUGUUUGUAAGGCAUAUAUAUGGACUUUUUUUGUACGCAUAUAUUUGCUUGUUUGUAAGAAAAUAGUCAUAUGCUUGGAAUUAAAAACCCCACAAAGCAGGAAAGUAUACGUGGCAAAAUACCGCACGUAUAUCGUGUCAUAAUUUUGAAACAAAUGGCCGACCAUGAGAAUAGAUGCUGUAGUGCCUUGGUACAUUUUAUACUAAAUGGCAAUCAGGGGUGAUGAGUAGUAUAGGAAAUGAUGCCUUCUGGCUCACCCCAAAAAAUUUCUAACUCAUCUCUCAACAUCACUCAACUUGUUCACUCAUUUCGUAAACUCAUUCGUUUUUCACUCGCUUCGCUCGUUCAAACUCAUUCGAAUACUCAAUUUCGAUUCACAAGUUUUCGUUCCGUUGUUCGAAGGUUAGAAAUUUUUUGGGGUGAGCCAGAAGUCAUCAUUUCCUAUACUACACAUAUGUAAUAAUAGUAAAUGUUUAUACUAUUAUACUAUUAUACUAUUAUACUAUUAUACUAUUAUACUGUUAGUGAAAGUUAUAGGAAAAAAGUUGUGAAGUAUUAAUUAGUCCUAGGAUAAAUUAACUAUGCAUGGGUGCUAGAGCUAGCUGCAAUGUAUUAAUCUAUAUAUUGAUAUAGGGAUAUUAACACUUCUCUUACUCUAUGAUUAUAUUAAUCUUUGGAGUAACUCUCUUACUCUAUGAUUAUAUUAAUUUUUGUGUGAGUCAGAAAAAUAAAUUUGAAUUUAGAGAUUUAAUAAUUACAAAAUAGAAAUGGGUUUUAAACGACAACAAAAUAAACUUUUACCAAAGAGGGGGGUGCAGGGGGAGAAUCCCCCACCUUUUAAACUUAAUGGUUUAAUAUUUCAAAGUGAAGAAGAUUAUAAAUCUCUUAAAAGAGUUGAUGACAACAUUUUUAAUAUAUUAAAAUUAGUAAAAAAUUCUAGUGCUGAUCUUGACAAUAUUUUUAAUAAUAUCAAAUCAAUUAAUGUAACAGAAACUUAUCCAGAUGCAUAUGAUGAAGCUGAUGAAUUGUUUAUAAAUGCAACAAGUUUAUUAAUGUAUGAAAGUAUACCAGAUAGUAUUGAAUACAAAGUUGCUUGUAAAUUCUUUCUUAGAAUUAAUUUAAUAGAGUAUGAAGAAUAAUAUAUUAAUUAGAUAUAAAUAUGGAGGAUUCAAGAAAAAUUUCAUUUAAUUUGGAAGAAUAUUUAAAUGAUGUACAAAAAAGAAACAUUUGUUAUAACCUUAAAAAUGCUGGUAAAAAUAAAACCAAAAAUGUAAAAAAUUUGUAUCAAAUUUAUAAUUUACUACAUCAUUCACUAAAAGUAGUAAUUCGUGAUAGAAAAUUUGAUUAUAGAAAAUCUAUCAAUGAUUUCUAUGAAUAUUUAGGUUUUAAUAUUAAUCUUAUUAAAGAAGAAAUUUAUAAAUAUAUUAUGUUAAUUGAAGAUGAUGAAUUUGCUAAUAUCGAAAUAGUUAAAAAUAAAAUAAAAUAUUAUUCAGAGCACAAAAACAUUUAUGAGAAAUUAUAUAAUAAAUAACUAAAAGAUGAAGGAAAACAUUCUUAUAGGUCCAGAGUUUGAUAAAUUAAUUGAUAAGGCAAAAGAUCUUGGUGCUAUAUCACUUGAUUAUUCAUCUCGUAAAAAUAAUAAAUACAUGGUUACACUUCCAGGUGGAAAGAAAGUACAUUUUGGUUCACCUAAAUAUGAAGAUUAUACUAUUCAUAAAGAUAAAGAGAGAAGAGAUAAAUAUCUAUCUCGUGCUAAGAAGAUUAAAAAUAAAAAAGGAGAAUUAACUUAUACUAAACCAGAAUCGAGCAACUAUUGGUCAGUAAAUUUACUUUGGCCUAAAAAAUAAAAUUAAUAUUUAUUUAAAGAUUAACUAAAUAUUAAUAAAAAUGCAGUUGUCAAGUUACGAAAAUAUUACCCAAGAGAAUAUUAUCUUUAAUGAAGCCAAAGAGUACAAAGUGAAAGAUAGCAAGAUUAAAUACAAACGUAUUCCAAUUGAAGUAAAAUAUCCAAAUAAUAAAAAAGGACCACUUGUAGUUGAAACUCCAUUUCUUUUUAGUUUUGGUGUCAGCGAAAAGAAAAAUCAAGAAACAGGUAAAUUGGUUGGUUAUAGUAUUCCAGUAUGUCUUUGGUCUAAAGAUAGUGAACCUGACAAUAAAGAAAAAGCAUUUUUUAAUUUUAUUAAUAUUUUAAAAACUUUAUCUCAGCAACAUUUAGAGAAUGAAUACGGGCCAGAUCAAGCCUCAUCUUUAUCUUCACCAUUUUACUAUAAACAAAUAGAAUAUACAGACAAAAAAGGAAAAAAGAGAACAAAAGUUGAUGAAUCAUCAUCACCAAUUCUUUAUACAAAACUUAUUUACUCAGAAAAAACAAAAAAAAUUUUAUCUUUGUUCAAGGGAAAAAAAGGUCGUGAUUUAAAUCCUUUUAAAUAUCUUAACCAAUACUGCCGUGUUAAAUUAGCAUUGAUAAUUGAAGGAAUUUUUAUAAGUAAGACUGUUACAUCUUUACAAAUAAAAGUACAUGAGUGUUAUGUUAAAGAUUUAGAACCUAGAAAGAGUUUACUCAAAAUUGAUGAAAAAAAUAGUGACAUUGAAAGUGAUACUGAAGAGACAAUUGAUCAAUUAGUUGAAGACUUAGUUUUAUCUGAUAAAGAAGAAAAUGAGUAAAAUAACUAUUUUUUUUUUAAUACAAAAUUUGUAUUAAAAAUCAACCAAAUCCUUAUUACUUACCCAUGAGUUAAAUUUAUCAGGAUAUCCACUCCAUUUUACUAAUGCCAUUUUUUUCUUAUUAUCUCGUCUAAUAAUCUUUUCUAUUCUAAAUGUUUGUUGUUUUGCUUUUUGUAAUUCUUGCUCGUAAAAAGAACCCUUAAUCUCUUCUCCCAUCAUAUCAACAAUAUUAUAUGUAACAGGUUUUGUUGGAAGAAUUUUAUCAAUUACAAAUAUUUCCUCUGUCCAGUUUGGUGUGUAACCUUUAUCAAAUACUCUCCUCUUAUAUUUUGAGAUUCUAACAUAAUCACCAAUUGAAAACUUUGGUUUGCUAGGUUUUAAGUAUAUUAGAUCGCCAUACAAAUUAUACCAAACUUUUUUUUCAUUUUUCUUUUUACUUGCUUCAACAGGGGUGAGUUUUAUACUAGAAUGUCUCGUAUUAUUGUAAUUAUCAACUAGUUUAUCUAUCUUAUCCCAGUAAACAUUGUUGUUAUUUACAGUAAACAUUUUCCACAUUCUGUUUUUCAUUGUUUUAUUCCAUCUCUCAACAACACUAGAUUUUUCUUCAUUUUCAGUGUGAUACAACCUAAUACCUUUACUUUUAAGAAAAUCUUUAAAAUGUUUGCUUAUAAAUUCAGAACCUUUAUCAGUCCAUAACAUUUGAGGUUUACGUUUACUUGAUUUAAAUAUUUCAUCAAAUGCUUUACUAACAGUUUCGGUUUUUUUGUUACUCAGAGGUUUAAUCCAUCCAUAUUUGCUAAACACAUCAAUAACUGCCAUCAGAUAUUUAAUCCCUUUAUUCCACUUACUAAACUUUUGCAUUUCAACUAAAUCAGCAGCCCAAAUAUCAUCAAUUCCGUUUGAGACUACUGAUCUCUUUUGAAAGUUUCGUGUGAUUGGUUUGUGAAGUUCGUCGGCUAAUUGUUGAGACCAAUCACUACUCAACGCCGAAUCGCGUUUAAACCAAGUCCAAGUUUUUGUUUAGUAUUAAUCAAGAAUCUAGCAGUUGACCCCCACUUUGGCAUUUCACCAUAUGGAAUAUUAUCUAAUGAUUUUACCAUUUCUUUAUCACAAUCACCUUUGUUUUUUCCCAUAUCAUAACAAAUGUCGUGAUAAGCUGCUAUUUCAUCGACUUUGUUAUACGGUCUAACUUUCCAAUCUGUAACUUUUCCAGUUUUAGGAUCAUAACUUAAUUGUUUGUCUAGAGGAUUGUAGGGACCCAUAUAUUUAUACGAACCUGGAGUCCAUCCUGCUUUUGGUUUUGGGAGUUUACCAAUCCAUUUGUGAAUGUCAACUCCUUGCCCCGUUCGACCGUCUAAAUCCUUUCGAUCGGUUUUAUAUUUAAUUUUAGGUCUAACUUUUGUUGACAUUUGAUCCAUUGCUGUUCCAACAGAAUCUUGAAUAAAUGGGGUAAGUUUGUUAAUCCCAUAAUUUACAGCUUUUUUUUGAACGUUUUUAUUUCUCAUUAGCUCGCUUGCUCCAUAUCGCCCCAUUUCAACUGCUUUCUUACCCAUCCAAGGUAAACCGUAAUGAACAAAUCCAUCAACUGCUGUACCAACAACAGUAUCAAAUACGCCCGCCCCUUCAGACGGGCUUAUUAGUUUUUUGACUUUCGUUUUCUCUUUUUUCCACUUCCAGUUUGCGUGGGGGUAUUUCCCAUUUUUACAUAUCUAACUUUUUUAUUUCCACAAACUGCACAUCUACAAAAGAAUUGAGUUCUACCUCUUUUAUCUUUUUGGUAACCACUUGGUUCCGUACAAGGAGUUACUCUUUUAUCUACAAUGCAAUAAGUUUCUUUCAUUUAAUAUAUUGUUUAGAUAAAAUAUGUCUAUUAGAUCUAAUUUCUUAAAAAGUGAACUUCAAAAGAUGUAUGAUAACUUAAACAUGAGUUUUGAAUUCGCUGAUUUAUCUAGAUUGGAAAUAAGUGAGAAAUCAAAUACUCUUAAAAAUGUUGUAAAGAACAAUUAUCUAUUUAUAUAAAUCAUAAAAAAAAUGACAACAAAAGUCAAAUAUUUUAUUUAUUAUUUUGAUGAUAACUUUGCUUAUUUUAAUUAUACACUUGGUGACCUAAAAAAAACAGAUAUCAUGUAUAGAUACAAAACCACUAGUGAAUUAUAUGAUACUUUUAUUAAUCAGGAAAAAUUUAGAGAGAUACAACUUGUAGUAGAAAAAGAGCUUUACCCCAAAGAUAUUAUCCCAGAAGGAAAAAAAAUUCUAAAAAAAUUAAAUAUUACAAAACAUAAAUUAAUUACACCAACAAGUAAGAAAAAUUAUCCAUUUAUAUAAUAAAUGGAGGGUAAAUUUUUUUCCGAGAUAGAAAAAAAGAUGGAUGUUAAAACAAUCAAGGAUUUUGAAAAAGAAGUUCGAACAAAAAUAUAUAAUGAGUUUGAGUCUCUUAGAAGUAAAAAUGAUGAACUUAAUAGAAUACUAAUUGUUACUGAAUCUGUGAUGUGGAAUAAAAUUAGAAAUGAAGAAUAUUCUUGGUUAAAAUUAAAUGAUAAAAAAAAGAAAAAACUUUAUAGACUUAUUGAUAUUUACUCAAAAUUUAAUGAUAUAGUUGAUAAUGUUAAAAAUUUAAACAACAAAGUUGAAAAGAUUAAAAAGCUAAAGGAUACACCAGUUGAUAGUGAAUAAAUAUAAUAUUUAUUAAAUAUUAUAUUCUAACAUAUGGUUUUAUGAGGAGUGUAACUCAACCCAUUCUUUUAUAAAAUCACUAUUAUCAUCAUCAAAAUGAGGGUUAUGUAUUAUAUCUAGAAUACUAUUACCUUUUUGUCUUUCUAAUAAAUAGUAUAAACACCAAUAACCGCAAAGUACAGUAUUGCGAUUUUGUAUUUCAUCCAUUGAGUAAACUAUUUGUUUUCCAGAAGUAUUAAAAUACUCUAAUGCUUCAUUUGGCAUUAUUAAUCCAAAUGGAUCGAAAUAUUCAACUGUAUUAUCUAUACUUCUAUAACAAACCCAGUGUGUACCAGGUCCACUCAUAUCAUCUAGAUUAAUUAUUCCACAUUCUUUUUUAAUCUUUUUUGGUAGUCCAUCACGACUAUAUAUUCCUCUAAAAUAUUUAAUACCAAGUUUUUUUAUCCAUUCCAUAAGGUCAAAGUUAGAAAGAGGUUUAAUUACAAAAUGGUUCCUAGAAUGGGAAUUGAGUUGAAUGGGCUGUUUUUUCCUAGUAGUAGUCCUGAACCCUUGGAUUUGGACUUUUUUUUUUUUAAUCCCAUUCCAAUUGGGUUUUCCCAACUACCUAAAAAAGGUGGUGGAAAGUGAUAAGGAUAACCCUCACCAUGUGUGGAUGGAGGAGGAUGUGGAACGUAAACAUUUGCUGUAUUAGAUGUCCCACGUCUAUCAACCUGAAGUCCCCCUCCAAACAUCUUAGAUACUAAACUGAUUGCCAUUGGAAUUCCAAUAGAUGCAAGAGUACCUAAAAAUCCUCCUUCUAUUUGUUUACGAGUUGGUUUAAUAACUACUCGUCCACCAGAUUGAAACAUCUUAUUUAUUAGAUCAAUUUGUGAUUUUGUUAAUUCUCCUUUAAUAGCUGGUAACAUUGGAAAAAACUUUUUUGGAAUUGUUAUUCCUUUUCCAAAUAUUUUAUUUAAUCCUAUUUCUCCAAGUGCAGUAGCAGCACCAGUUGCUAAUGCAGGAGCAACUUUUGAAAUUCCUUUUUCUGCGUAAGGUAAUACUCGCGCUCCAAUAGAAGCAAGUGAAGUAAAUAAAUUUCCUCCAUGUUUUACAGAACGUCUAAUUUGAGUUUUACUUAUUUUUAUAUCCGAUCCUGUGCCAUUUGCAAUAGACCUUUUUAUUUUAGAAAUUUGUCUGCUGGUUAACAUUAACUCAUCAGAGCCUCUAAGUUGUUCAUGUUUUAAUCGAAGAGUUAAUGGUGAUUUAUUUAAUAUUGCAGAAGCCAGUUUUGACUUUUGUCCAUCUGUAAGUUUUACUCCGUAUUCAAUAUAAGUUGUCAUUUUUAUUUGAUGUUUAUAUUAAAUUUUGUUUUGUUUUUAUUUCAUUUGGUGGUUAAGUGUUACUGGUGGUAUGAUUUUUUCAACCAAUCAAAUUAUUACACAUAAUUCUGUGUAAUCAUAACAACUUGUAGAAAAUUCUGUGUAAUUAUAAAAUGUUGUGUAAAAUUUUGUGUAAACAUAUGCGGUGUAUCUAAGGGAGGAGUUUAUGCUCGAAGUAAUAGUUUUCCAUCUUGUUGUGAUAUUUCUGCUACUCUUUCAUGUAAGAUUAGAGCGUAAAUAUUAUAAUCAUCGUUUGGAUUAGCAGAUAAUUCGUAAUGAAAUGCUAAUUUUGUAACACCAUCUUUGAUAUCCAUUUUUUGUUUUGUUAGGUCAAAAUAAACAAAAGGAAAUAGAGAUUCAAAAUUUGUUCUAUUGAGAAGUGUUCCACCUUGAAAGUCGUUAUUUGCAAAAACGUAUGACAUUACUUCUCGAAACACUCUCGCUGGAUCUGUAGCUGGUUUAAAGUGAAUAUCAGGGUAUUCAUUUCCAUUUCCUACCUCAAGAUAACAACGAGAUAUAUUAGCAUUGUUUGGUAAAUUAAAAGUGUUAUACAAAAAUGGAUUUGCUGUUUGAGAAACAAUAUUAGCCGUAUUAAUCGCAAAAAUAAAGACAUGGCGAGGUUUUGAUAUCGCAUUUGUAAUUCUGAAAUGUCCUGUUUGCUGUUGAGAGUUAUUUGAUCGCUCUACUACUUCAUUAAGAUAGGUCCAUUUGUAGGGUUUGAGAUAAUUUUCCAUGAACAAUUUUUGUCCUUUUGAGUUAAAUGUUAUUCUUGGAACAAAUAGUUGAAAUCUUGUUAGUAUAACUCUACAAUCAUUUCCACCAGCUCGCCAAAUAAGAUUACCAUCUUUUUCUAUUUCGAUAUUUAAUUCGAUUUUUGUAUUUGGAAGAAGUUUGUUUUCUAAUGCCUCAAAGAAAGAAUAUCUGUUGAGGGGAAUUUCACAUCGCACUGUUGCUGAGUCGCCUAGUAAUGCUUUUCUCACAGCAAAACCUUUGUUAUAAUUAGCUUCAACAUCAUCUAUCAUUAAUCCUGCUUGAUCAGCAGUGUCAGCAGCAUUCCUUCUGUGAGUUACUUGCCUUUUUGUGUAUUUAUUUCUUUCAGCGUUUCUUGAUGUAUCGAGAUAGUAAAAUUCAUUUGUAGCGACACUCUCAACAUAGGAAGGAUUAUACUCAAGCAAAUUUUUUAUAUUUACUACGUGAUUAGCAUAGUUGCAACUAUAAACAUCUCUACCAUUUGCUAGGAUUGUUAACUUUUCUAUGAGACUGGAACUUCCAUUUACUAUUCCCAUUUGAUCUCCAUCUGCAUCUAUAUCAGCUCCAGCAGCAAGCUGAUUAACUUUAAAAUCCACUGAAAAUCGCGCGUUAUACCAAUCAAAUGGAGUGCUCUCACCUGUAUUAUCAGCAACAAAUCUAUGACCUGUUUUAGUUUGGUGAGCAGCAUUUCCAGGUGUUGCUAAAGCCUGUUCAAGGUCAAAAACAACAUCUUCAUAUCUAUCUAAAUAUUCUGGAUUUCUAAAAGACUUCAUUUUUUAUUUUAAUAAUUAUAUAAUUUUUCCCCCGCUUAGAAUAGAAUUCACUCUUGCAUUUAUUUCUUGUUUAGUAUUUUUUUUGUUUGGAAUUAUUUCAAUAUUUUUAUUAAAAUUAACUUUUUUAACAGUGGGUUUUUUGGGAGAAACCUCUUUGCUUAGCAUUUGCACUAUUUUAUCACCAGCCUUCUUACCAGCAUGUUCACCAGUUUUUGUUGCAGCUGUUGUUAGUGCUUUUUCAACACUUUUUUUAGCAGCUGAUUUAACUGUCUUUCCAAAUAAUUUAGAACCAAUAGAUUUAAACACAUCUGUUAUUCCUUCUCCAUAUAUGUGUUGUUUAGUAAAUCGCCCCAUUUCAGGGUCAAGUUUUUUUUUAAACUCUGAUUGUCUACUCAUUUUUAUCUAAUGAAUAUAUAUUUAGUUGAGGGAGGGGUUUACAUUGAAUGGAGUAUUAAAGUCAUAAACCAAUCUAUAUCAUUAAAAUUUACUGGUCUUCCAACUGAGUCUGUCACAUAGACUCUCAUUUCAUCAAUGUGAUACGAUGAUAAAGAACAAUACAAUGGUCUUUUAGGUUCAAAAGUAAAUGGAUAAGACCUUGUGAGAUUAUCAGUUGGUAUUACAGCAAUAGUAUUUGUAUUUAUCCCAUUUACAAUGCUAUCAGUUAUUGCGGUUGUGUUGAUAUUUAAAACAUCAAUCGAAUUUGUUAUAUUUGGUAGUUUUGUUCCAUACUCUGUUUUUGUAAUAAGUUUUUUUUCAAAUCCAAUCAGGUCUCCAAAUUCUGUUCCUCUUAGAUCUAAUUGAUAAUCACCAUCAAGUGAUACUAACACUCGAUAAGUAGAUAGUAUAAAAGUUAGAUUGAUUGAAUAAGUUUUUUUUUCCACUUGAAUCUGUUGAGUGAUGAGACUUUUUCUCCAUAUACUGAUGAAUGUAAUCAUUAAUAUCUGAGUAGGAAUACAUUCCAUCUGUAAAAGUAAUUGUUUGCCAAUUCCUUCCAUCAUGAGUGUAUUUUAUUUUAUUGUUUUCAUAAUCACUUCUAAUGUUGUACCAAGAAUAAGUCAUGGACAGUCGAUCAAGAGCAAGUUGAUGUUUUUUUUCAGGGUCAAGUUUUAGAGAUGGAUUAAACUUAAUAGUAAAAUCACCAGGUUUACUUGUUCCUCUUUUUUCCCUAUUUAUCGAAGAAAUGUGAAUAGCUCGUUCUUCCAUUUUAUCUAUUUGUUAUAUAAGUUUUUAGUAGUUCGUUAAGUUGUUUUUUUGUAAUUACUUUCAUUUGGUUAAGAAGAUGUGCUAUUUCAGAAAACUCUUGCAAUACACCAUUAUUACCAGCUAGAAUUGAUCCACUGAGUAAUUCAAGUCUGUCUAUAUGUUGAUGUGGGUUGUUAAAGUAAUUUAUUCCAGAGCCUUUCAUUUUUAUUUUUACUUCUUUAAGACGUGUUAAAUUGGUAUAAUAUGUUGAUAAUGUGUUGUAUUUAUCUAUAGUUUUUUUUGUUUCUUCUCUUGGAUUUUGACUCAUUGAUGUUGCUAAUUGAUAACCACUAUUAUUGUUAUAUAAUCUGAUACUUGUUUUCUUUUUGUUAUAUAUAUCUUUUAAAUCUUCUGAAACAUUAUUAAUUGUUGAAAUAAUAUCAAUUAUACUUUUAUUUAAAAAUGUAGAAGGUAAAUUAUCAUAACCAUAAUCUAAAAGUAUAGUUUGGCUUUUUUCAUUCAUUAAAUAUUGAUUGUAAUAAUCAGGAUUUAUAUUUAUUAUUUUUUUUGCUUCAUCUUGUCCUUUAUCUUGUUCUUUAUCUUGUUCUUCAGCUUGUCCUUUAUCUUGUCCUUUAUCUUGUCCUUCAUCGUCUUCAGCGUCUUCAAAUUUUUCUGCAAUUAAACCUUCUAAUCCUUGAGUUAUAGCAAGUCUGUUUUGAUUUAAACCUUGAGUAAGAGCAAGUUGAUUAGCUUGAAGUUGUGCUAUAGUUGCGUUUUGCUGUUCAUCAAUACUUUUUUUAAUAGAAUCUUGAGAUUUAAUAAGUGGUUUAAAUGUUUCUUUAAAUCCUUCUCUCAUAUCUUGUUUUUGCCAUUUUGUUACUUUUAUUACAUCUCUAACCUGUUGAGUUAAAGUGUCAGCUUCAAUUUUAUUUCUUGCAAGUUUUUUGUAUUCUUCAAUAUCCAUUUUAUAUAAUAAAUAUAUAAAUGGAAUGGGGGGAUUGCAUCCCCCCAAAACCCCCCUGCUUGCUACAAAAAUUAUUUAAUCAUUAGAUAAAUGGAAAUACCAAACUAUGAUAGUGACGAUGACCCGGAUAAAAAAUAUAAACAGUUAUUUCCUUACAUGCCAGCAGAUACAUUUCGAAUGUUAAUUUGUGGAAACAGUGGAAGUGGUAAAACUAAUCUACUGUAUCAUAUGUUAAUCAAACCACUGUUGUACUAUGAUGAAAUUUAUCUUUACGCGCGUAAUCUAGAACAGAAUAAGUAUCAAAAGUUAAUUCAAAAAAUGAGGGAGUUAAGUCAUAAAUUGGGAUAUGAAAUACUUCAUGUUAAUAAUGAUGAAAUAACCCCGGUUACAGAAAUGGAUUAUGAAGACAAUCAAAAACUUGUAAUAUUUGAUGAUUAUGUUUGCGAUAAAAACCAGAGACAACUUAUUGAUUAUUUCAUCCAAGGACGGCAUAAGAAUUGCUCUGUAAUCUACCUCAGUCAAUCAUUUUACAAAACUCCAAAGGAUAUUCGAUUGAAUUGUUCUCACUACUGUCUGUAUGAAUUUCCAUCAUCGAGGGAAGCAAAUCGCAUAUCAUCAGAAUUAGGAGUUGACAAAGAGACAUAUAAAGCAGCAACAAAAAAACCAUUUACAUUUCUAUACGUUGAUAGACCUAGAAAACGUAUUGCUAAAAACUUUACUAGUAAUCUAUAAGGGGAACCUACGGCUCCCCUAACACUCCUCCCUUAAAAGAAAAUAUAAACAUUAGAUAAAAUGGGAAUAUUUAACGAACAAUCUUUCGAUCAUCCUUUUGCUAAAGGAAUACAGGGUGCGCCAGGAGUUGGUUUUAGUUUAACCGCAGAUGGAAAUUACGAUCUUAAUAAAAAAAGACUCACAAAUGUUGGCGCACCCAGUGCUAAUACUGAUGCUGCUACAAAGAAGUAUGUUGAUGAUAAUUCUGGAUCAUACACAACAACAGGAUUAACAGUUGAUUCAAACAUUGAUAUGAAGAAUACAUACCGAAUUACAAAUCUUAGCACACCACUGGAUGGAAAAGAACCUCCUACAAAAGACUAUGUAGACAACACAUUUCUUGACAGAGAUGGUUCCUACCCAAUGAAAGGUAAUCUCAAUAUGGAUAAUAAUAAAAUAAUUAAAGUUGGUACACCAACAGUCAAUGAUGAUGUAGCAACCAAAAAGUAUGUGGAUGACUCUAAAGUUGAUGGUAGUGACUUUUUAAAAAUAGAUGGAACAAGAAUAAUGACUGGGGUAUUAGAUAUGAAUCUUAAAAGAAUAAAAAAUUUAGGAACUCCUAUAGCCGCUCUUGAUGCAGUGCCAUUGUAUUAUGCUUCAACAAAGUAUCUUAAUCUUGAUGGAUCAUUUAGUAAAAUGACUGGAAAUAUAGAUAUGAACAACAAUCGAAUAUUUAAUCUACCAGCUCCAACGGGUCCCAAACAACCAACACCAUUAGUUUUUACAGAUUUAAAGUAUGUUGCUCGUGAUGGUACAUCUACAAUGACUAAUAAUCUAAACAUGAAUAAUAAAAAAAUAAUUAACCUUAGGACACCAACAUCAGACACAGAUGCUGCAAACAAAAAGUAUGUGGAUGAUAAUUCUGGAAGUCCAGAUUUAAGCGAUUAUUUGGAAAAAGAUGGUACUGUUGCUAUGACUGGGAACCUUAAUGUUGGUAGUAAUAAAAUAAUAAAUCUUGGUAAACCAACCCAAGCAAAUGAUGCUGUAAAUAAAGAUUAUGCUGAUCAUCUAAUUCAUCACACUGCAGUUCAACCAAGUCAUUACGCCGACCAAUUUGCUUAUCUUAUGUCAAGUGCGGCUCAAUGGACGGAUGAAACAAAUGGAGGAAAUAGUUUUCUUAUAGAUAAAAUUGGUAUACUUACUCCUAAAAAUGGAAACUUUCACGAUUAUAAUCACAAAGUUAUUUAUUAUAAAAUAAAUAAAAAUUCACAAGGAAGUUAUAAUUAUAAAAUGGGAAUGAACUUUUAUCGUCUUCAUGCUAAUACUGAUUAUACAUUUUGCUUAGAAUUACUUAACACUGAAUAUUUACUAUGGCAUAAGUCCCAAAUAUCUGUUGAUAAAGGAAAUUCAUCCGGUCUAACACUUGGUAAUGUAAGUAUAAAAAAAUUAUCUCAUAAGUAUACUGAUUCUGGAAAUCAAACAAAAUUUAUGUAUUAUUACAAACUUAUAAUUAAUUUUCGAAAGUUAGCAACGGGUAAUAGAUUCUUUCUUCAUGUUUCUGUUAACAUCCCCCAGACAGGAAAUGAUCUUAAUGUUUAUCCAAAUCAGUUUAAAGGAUGUUACAUGAUAGCUUAUGGAAUUGUGGGUACAUUUAGCAAUAUCGAUCAAGAUAAAGUUUUUGACUAUCACACCGCAUUUGAUAUUAAACCAACAGAAGUGGUAUUUAAUGUUGAUAUAAAUGCAAAUCAAAAAGAAAUUAAAAAUAUCAAACUUAACCGACAAAAUGAUAAUAGUGCUGCAACAGUUGCAUUAGUAAAAGAAAUAGCUCCUUUUACUAAAAAUGCUUUGUAUAGAUUAUACUUUAGUGAAGUCUAUGACUUUGCUAAUGCGGAUAGUUAUGGAAUAAAUAUAGGUUCAUCAGGAGUUAUUAUUAAUUCUGUAAAACCUAAUAUUAAACUACCACCAAAUAAAGAUCUAGAUGUCAUAGAAAAAGAUUGCUUACAUGUUAAUGGUUACGAUGUUACUUUUUCUCCUACACAUUCUUCAAAAUCUACUUUAUAUAUUGUUUUUACUCAUUGGAGAAAUAGGAGUUUUACCCUAACUAAAUAUUUAUCAACAAACAAUAAUAUUUUAUUAAAAUUAAAUUAUAAUAAAACAAACAAUAAAGUAACUUUAACCAUCAAUAAAGCAACUCAAAAUUUUACCAUGUUAAGUAGUUUUAAUGGAAAAAUAAUUGUUUUAUGGCUAACAGAAAAUUUUGAUACAAAUGUGACAAAAGUUAAAAUAAGUAACUAUAGUGGAAUAUUAACUAUACCAGCUGUUUACUACAAUGUCAAUCAACGUUGGAAGUUUACAACUGAAGAUGGAAUGUUAUAUAGAUUAAUGUAUUCUCCAAACUUUUACGACACCGACUCUGAGCAAUAUCACAAAGUAAUGCUUCAAGAAAAGUUAAAUGGAAGUUAUAUAGUAUAAAUAUAAAAUGAAGGAUAUCUUUGAAUUUAAUCACAUAGAUCCAUCUUUAUCAAAAUCAGAUGUUAAAACAAUAAAAGAUUUUUACAGUUACUACCAUAAAAAAUAUUGGUGUUUUAAAAGGUCUUAUAAAAGUUAUAAAUUUCUUGAUAAUUUUUUUAGUAUAACUAGUAUAUUUUUAGUUGCUGUAGGAACUAUUUCUGGUGGAAUUACACUUAAUCCCGUUAUUAUUGGAGUAAUAAAUGGAGCUGGGGUAAUUGUUGGUGGAGUAGGAAAGAAACAUAAUUAUAAGAGAAAGAUAGAAAUGACGAGGAUUGCUUUUACUACCUAUGAAAAAGUUCUUGUUGAAUUGCGAUCUGCAUUAAGAGGUGAUGAUUGGAAUAAAGAAGAGUUUGUAAAUAGGAUUAAGUUAAUAGAUGAAUUAAUUAUCGAUCAAACUCCCGAACCGGAUAAAUUUAGUAUUAAAUAUCACAACAAGUUUAGCGAGUAGGGGGAUUGCAUCCCCCCUACGACCCCCCUGCCUUUAAUAAGGGGGAGUGCAUCCUAUUUCUAAAUACUUAAUUAUUUAGAAAUAUUUAAAAGUGUAUUUACAUAAAUAUUUUUUUGAAGUUGCUGUUUUAUUUUUAUUUUUACAAAUUGUUGUUAUAUUUGAUUGAAAUAUAUCUAAUUCUUCAGAAGCUUUUGUAAUAGAUUUAUAUUUUUUUUUCUCUCCUGUUUUAAGAUUAAUUGAAAUAAUUGGUUUAUUUUUACUUUUUUCUACAUUCUGUUUAUGAGUAAGUAAUUGUAAGUUUUUAAUUCGGUUAUCAUUUUUUACUCCGUUGAGAUGAUCUACCUCCAUAAAUUUUGGUAUAAUAUUAUUGAAUACUUCGUAAAUAAAACGAUGAUGAUAGUAAUUUUUUUGUUUUUUUAAAUUUAUGUUAUAAUAAGUAAAAAUUAAAUAACCAUUACCAUUAUCUCUAUUUUUACUUAAAAUUUUUUUAGAUUUUAAACUGUAAAUAUCACCAUUUUUAUUGGCUAAAUAAUUAUUAAUAAAAGGAUGAUUGUAGUAUUUUUCAUUGUUAAUUAUAAUCAUGUUGGCCAUAUUAAUAUUUUUAAAACUUUAAAUGAAUAUAAACAUAUAAUUAAAUGAUAACAACUAUUGUAAAUUAUGUUAACUUCUACUAUGGGAGGAUGGCACCGCCCAAAACCCCCCUGCAAGAAUAUGAAUUGAAGAUAGCAUUGGUGUAUAAAUUUCUAUACGAACAUUACGUACGAGAUUAUAUAUCACUUGAAACAAUAUUACAUAGACUACCUCCAUUCAAUGACCCCCCUGUUAGUAGAAUAUUACGAAAUCAUUUGAUAUUUUUUAGAGCAUUUAAAUAUUUUCGAAAACAUUACAAAGCUGGAAGAUGGGGGCAUUUCUUUCCACCUCUAAAUCCCCCCUUCGAGUUAGAUAAAUUAGAAGUUUAUCAAUAUCUAACUGGCAUUAUUUACUGGAUAUUUAAUAGGGGGAUUGCAUCCCCCCUAUGACCCCCCUGCUCGAAAAUUAAUAUAAUAUAAUAAAUAAAUGAGUUCGUGUGUUAUCUUCAAAAAAGAUCUUAAAAAUCUUGGUAAAAGAUUAAUGAAAGAAUUUUAUUUAAACAUUUAUGAUAAAGCUCUGUUAAAUCAAAUUGAAGAGUAUCAAUUAAAAAGAAAAUUCUAUGAUGAAAAUUUUGUUAAUGAAUUUUUAUCUUUUCACAAAAAUGAAGAAAAAAAAUUUGGUAAUUUAUAUUUUGGUGAUAAAAGAUAUAGUGAUUUACUUGAAAUGGAACCCGAAAUUUUGUUAAAAAAAAUAGAGGAAAAAAUUGAAGAUGAAACUCUUGAUAUUGAAAUAAUAUAUAAUUUUUUCAAUGAUAUGGAUAAAAAAUUAAAUAUAGAUAGACAAAUUGAUUUUGAAAUAGAUGAAGACUUAUUUUUUAAAAAGAAAGCAUUUAUAAAUAUAUACAAUGUUUUUUAUACUGAUUAUAAAGAAUUAAAUAAUAUAAAACCAUUAACAUCCCGCGUAAUCAGGUUACCCUCCUUUACCCUAGAUAAUAAUAAAGUAGCCAAAAUUCCCCCCUUUACCCUACACUGAGAACCCCCCUGCUAAUUUUAUAAUAUUUUUAUUAUAAAAUUACUUUGUCAAUUUACAAUAACUUUUCCACCAAUUAUUAUAAAGCAUUAAAAUAUCAGAACUAAUUUUAAGUUUAAUAUUUUUAUAUUUUUUACACCCCAUUUUCUUCAAAAUUUUUUUUAUUAUAUAAUUGAUAUUUAUUAUUCUUUUUCUACUAUAUUUUUUGUUGACUAUAAUCAUAUUUUUACUAUCCAUUUCUAAUAACCUUUCAUUAAGUAUAGAUUUUUCAUCAUCAUUCAAUCCUAUUAAAUUUGCAACAUCAUUAACCUUUUUCUCAAAAUAAUAUUUUCUAUGAUAAAUACUCUUUUUUUGAUAAUGUAGUCUAUCAAAAUCAUUUAUAUCAUAUUGACUUAAAAUAUGUUCUUUUAUUACUCCACAUUUAAUACACAUCCAUUGACCCAUAUAUGGUUCUAAUUUGUGAGAGUGACUCUCCACAAUCUCCUUUUUUCUUUUACUUUUUUUAUAUGUAUCAAGAAUAUUUAUAUAUUUUUGGUUUUCUUCCUCACUAUAGCGGGGGAUUCUCCCCCUGCACCCCCCUAUUUUGUUAUUAGACAUUUUUAUUUAUACUAUCUUAUUUUUUAGUCUAUCUUAAUGCUAAAGUGUGUACCUUAUCCCUUAAGACCUGUCUCUUAUCAUCUUGAUUACUUAGAGCUACUUUGUUAACUUCUUUAGAAUAUAUAUCAUGUUUUUCACUUCGAAUAAUUUUCAUAGUUCUCAUUAGCGGGGGAUUCUCCCCCUGCACCCCCCACAAACAUUUAACAUAGUCGUUAAAAUCUAUUGUCUUUUUUACAACAUUGGUUUUUAUUCCUUUACACUUUUUUACAACUUUAUCUUCCUCAAUUUUAAAACUAUAAAGUUUUGGUCUUAAUCCAACAAAAUGAGUUAUUUGUUUACCACCUACUUCAUCCUUAAACAUUCCAAUAACUUUCUUAUUAACUCCUGUUAAUAUUCCAGAAGGAUGAACUUCAGGAUAAUCACUUGUAUCAAACUUUAAUUUUAUAUCAGCACUUAUAUCUUUAUAAAAAUCUUUUGUUCUAAUUUCAUAUGCUAGACUGUCUGUAUCUGUAAACAAUAACUGUGCCUUUGAUCCAUAUUUCUUUUUUAUAUAGUUGUAAUGAAAAUCAAACAUUAAAGUUUUUGAUAAAUCUAGAAUUGCUUGACCAACAUAUACUGGUUUGUUAAAAUACACUUCUGUAUUCUUCAUAUGGAUUGCUAUAAGAUUGCGAUCGAAUAUUGUGCAUCUAUCAAAAUUUGGUCUAUUUGAUAAUUUAAUAGCUUGCUUACGAUUAUCAAUAAGAUAUACAUUUUGUCUCUUUCUAAUAUUUUCUAUUGUUUUACCAAAAACUGAGUUAUUCAUAAGUUUAAAAAAAUCUUUCUCAAAACUGUUAGCGGCACACUUUCUAAGUUCUGUAUUCUUUCUAAUAUAUGGCUCCAUCCAAGGAGAUUGAUAGUAUGAGAUUCCUCUAUGCACAGCAGUCAACUUCAUACCUAACUCUAAACAUUGUUUAAGAUUUUUAUAAUGAAUAACAUAAUUUUUUCUAGUUUUAAAAUGACAUAUUAAUUUCUCAACACCCCCUACUUUCAUUAACUCUGGAGCUAAAGGGUAGUCAUUGUGAAGUUUCCAUAACUCUUCAGGAUAUUCCAAAUCAACUUCAAAUAGAAAUCCCUGCUUGGUUUUUUUAUCUAAAAUUUUAUAUACCUUUUCCAUUGUUAAAUCCUUUACCCAUUUAAAUCCAUGAGUUGGUAAAUUCUGACUCAUAGCCCAACCGUAAAGAUUGUUUGCAUCUAAAUAUUGAAUAAAUUUUGAUUUCUUUUCAGGAUUGUAACUUUUCAUGUAUUUAUUAUUUGCUUCUGAAUAUCGCUUUGAUAUAUGAGUAAUACCACCUCGAAUACCACGUUCAAACAUCAUUAACAUAUCAUAGUCUGUUAAUAAUUCUAGAUUUUGUCCUGUUAACUUUAGACAUGCAUCCCAAGCUAGACCUGGAGAUGUGUAGUAAUGUGUUGGAUCUAAUUUGUAAUGCUUCAUACAUGUUGAUCUAAAUUUUUCAAAUACAUCUGCUAAUAGUAGUACAUCUGACUUGAGAUAUAAGUCAUGAUAAUCUCUUAUUGUUCGACAUUUAAAUGUAUUCCAUACUUUUAUUGCAUGUUGGUAAUCUUCAUCUGAAAUAUCUUCAUCAUAAAGUUUUGAAUAAAAUGCUUCUUUUGGUGGUAAUUGUGUUUCUGAUAAUUUAUCAAGAGAUGAAAUGUAAUCAUAAGGAUAUACUCCUUUUCUAGUUAAUAAUUUUAUAUUUUUCUUAAAUUCACACUUUGUGUUAUGAAAAUCAUCUAAUGACAAAUUUGAUACAAGAUUACCAAGUGAUGAUUGAAGAAACUUAUAAGAAUCUAAAAAUCUUAUUUCAAAAGUAAUAUCACACAUGUUGCCUUGAAUAUGACGAUAUUCUCCAACUUUGAUAUGUUUAGAAAAUGAAAUAUACUUUUCCUCAGUACAAGGUAUACAAUCUAGUUUACCAUCUAAUUUAGCAAGUUGUUUAAUAAAUAAAUGUGCAUCAUAACCUUGAAGAUUAUGAAAUAUAACUGGUAAUAUUCUAGGUUUCUUACACAUAAGAUUACACUUGUUAUGACAUGCACCACGAUAUUCACCUGUAAAGUGGCAAUGGUCACGUACUUUGUCUUUACCUAAUGUAUAUCCGCAAAUAUAACAAUUAACUACAUUAUUAAAUUCUUUUUGUGUCUCUGCUGUCAUUACUAAAGGUUUUGGUUUACAAUAAAAAUCUUCAUAUAUUCCUUUAGUUAAUUCAGUAAGUUUCUCCACAAAUAUUUUUGCCACAUCUUCAUCCUCAGAAGAUUUUGUAAACAUAACUGGUUUAAUUCGCUUACCACUAAUUCCUUUUGCAUAAAAACAAAAUCCUGAUGGUUCGUGUUUUUGAUAUGAGUAAUUAUAAGAAUCUUCAGGAUUUGGACAACAACUACUCACUGUAGUAGUAAUACAUUCAAAAUCUGCAUAUACACAAAAAGGAAUAGGAAGUUGUUUAUAAUAAAUUUUAAAAUGUAAAUUUGAUCCUGGUUUUGGCAUUUUUACAAAUGAUGUUUUGUUGUUAUAACAAUAUUUCAUAUGUUUAUCUAAUAAUUCCUGUGUUGUAAAAUGAGAAAAACAUCUCUUACAUAUAUGUAUUGGUUCAUUUGUUCUUUUAGUAAUUUGACUUCGAACAAGUCUUGAAAAAUUUUUGAUUAGUGAAUAAUGACUUUUACCAUCUUCCUCAUAAUAAAAUAAAUCUAUUGUAUUUUUACUAUCUUUAUUUAUCUGUCUCAAAGGGUAAAUAGUAUAUUUAUCAUUUGAAAAAACAUUUAUUCCUGGAAGAUCUGGAUUAAGUCUCUCAAAUUUGUUAAUAUCUUUUACCUUCAUUGGAAAAGUAAUUCCUUUAGUAUUAAGUAAAUUUUCAUACUGUUUUAAAUCUGUCAAACGAGUAUCAUUUUUCUCUCUUGGAUGUAAAUAUCUAAGUAUACACCAAAGAAAACAUUUAUCAUCUUUAUUUUGAAGAUUAAUAAUAGCUUUUUUCCUCAUAAUCCAAUCUGGAAGUGGGAUAUAUGAAGAAGCCCUCAUUACUUUAAAUUCAUUGAUAUGUAUUUCUAAAUUAAGUAUACUCUUAAAAUACCAUCCACUACCAUUGUUUAUGUAAUUGCUAAUACUUUCAUUAAUUUUUUCUUGACUACCUUUAUUUAUACUAUCAACAUUAGUUGUUUCCAAGUUGCUAUAUAUGUCAGAAUGAAAGUAUGCAUUAUUUACAAUUUCAAAUGAUUUAUUAUCUUUUGUUUUCUCUCUUUUUCCCAUAAGAGUGUUUAAAAUAAAUUUAACUUUUGUAUUUCUAUGAUUUCUUAAAAAAUCCUUAAUAAUACCAUUUUUAUCUAGAAAAAAAUCUUUAGGGAAUACACCUGGUUCACCCUUAAUUACAUAUUUUUGUGCAAAUCCAUCUAGAGAUGAUUUCUCAAGUUCUAUUCCCUGUUCAUAUUCCCUCAUAGCUCUCGUAAGUGCUUUUCGUAAAUAAGCUGGAGUAUCUUUUGGAAUUUUUCUAUUUUUUAUACACUCCUCAAAAUAUUCCUCAAAUGUUCGUGGUAACAUUUUGGGUUUAAGUUUCUUUGGUAAAACUUUACCUUGUUUAAUUUUUUUACCAACUUUUCUAACUUUUUUUAUCUCUUUGAUAAUCUUUAUCUUUUCCUCUAAUUCUUUAUAAUCUUUUUUGACUUUUUGUUUUUCUUUAGAAAGUAUAUUUUUUAAUUCAUCUAAAGAUAGAUUGAUAAGUUGUUGAGACAUGGUGACUUUAUAUUUUAAUUAUUUUAUUUCUUUAAAUCAAAUUUAUUUUUCUGACUCACACAAAAAUUAAUAUAAUCAUAGAGUAAGAGAGUUACUCCAAAGAUUAAUAUAAUCAUAGAGUAAGAGAAGUGUUAAUAUCCCUAUAUCAAUAUAUAGAUUAAUACAUUGCAGCUAGCUCUAGCACCCAUGCAUAGUUAAUUUAUACUAGGACUAAUUAAUACUUCACAACUUUUUUUCCAUAACUUUCGCUAACAGUAUAAUAGUAUACUAUUAUUACUUAUGUGUAGUAUAGGAAAUGAUGACUUCUGCCUCACCUCAAAAAAUUUCUAGAUCUUCGAGCAACUGAACGAAUACUUGUGAAUCGAAAUUGAGUAUGCGAAUGAGUUUAAACGAGAUUGAACGAGCGAAGCGAGUGAAAGCGAGUAAAAAACGAAUGAGUAUGCGAAAUGAGUGAACAAGUUGAGUGAUGUUGUGAGUUGAGUUAGAAAUUUUUUGAGGUGAGGCAGAAGGCAUCAUUUCCUAUACUACUGUGAUGCACCUGUUCUUAACUCUGGGACUCUAUAAAGAACAUUCCUUGGAAUAUAAUUGUAAGCAGCAGUUCGAUCAAUAUAUACAGCAAUUAAAGUAUCAUUGUAUUUGUUGAUGAGAGACUUUAUCACGUGUUAAUGGCACCGUAUAAAUAACUAAUUGACAGGAAUCAAGCAAAACUAAUUACGAGAGAAUGACUGGCAACUGACAAUUUGACUGACAAUAUGACUAACAAUAACGACUGUUUAACUGGGUAAAUAGAUGGAUUGAAAUGCACCAAUGACAUUACAAGUCUUCAUAACAAAUAACAUCACGGCUUAACUGACAGAUGGCCAAUAACAUCGCGACUUAAUUGACCAAUCAGGUCAGUAACCAGAGUUUAAUACCAUCAACUGGCGUGAUACAACUCACUUUGACUCUGAAGAUGACUACGGCACAAGUUGAGAAGUGUCAGUCACUGUCAAGAACAACAGUUAUAUUCAGGACUACGUUCAAAUGGACAAUCAUACUCAACCUACUUUUGACAAUUUUAGCUAAUAUCCUACUCAUGUUGGCUCUGAUUGACAAAUUCUUUGCAAUGUUGAACAAGCCCUUCUUAUGCAAACAUGUUAUGAUGGCAUGUAGCUUUAGCUGGGUCAUUGAUAUACUGACGAGUUGGUUACUUGAGUUAUAUUUCAAGCCUUCAGUCUUCAGCUGAUCUGUUCAUGUUCCAUUUCCUCUACUGCUGGUGAAUCUUCGUUCACCAUAACGUUAACAUCCUAGCUAGCUAUGAUAUGCAUAUUUAGGUCAUAGCCGCUUUCACUAUCAGUGCAAGUUUGAUGUCUUCUUGCAGUGACUCAGAUUGUACUACAUUUGUUGUUGCAAUGUGUAUAUUGUAGAAAUCUCUUACUUUCAACAUUUUCGUCUUCAUUCCGUUGUUCUGAGGUGUGAGCAAGGUUUCUAGUACCAGAUGAGGUAGUGGACAGUGACAAACUGUCACAGCCAGUAACAUACCUUCUGACCUCAGCCUAACUGGUCACUGAGGGACACAUCUCUUGUAGACCCGCAUGACGGAUUAUGUGGUAUCCCAUCUUCUUUGUCUGCUUGAUGUCAAGUGUGUCAGUGCUCCAUUAUCGAGAUGACUGAAGAAGGUGACAUGGACUAGCACUACAUAAUAUACCAACAUCAACAUACUCUCCUCGCUCACUUCUUGUUGACUACUUUUUCAUCAACAGCUGAAGUAUACUACCCAUACAACUAGACUUCCUAACUCAUCAAAUCUUAUAUCAAUAUCUAGAAAGCUACACAAAACUCGCCAGAAAUGCCUCAACUAUAAGAGAAAUAUGUUGCAAGUAAAGUUUCUUGUCUUCACUUGAGCAGAUCGUGAACACUUAACCUUCAGAUGCAAUUGAAUAGGAUAAUUAAUAAUGAUGAUGAUGGUGUUAAUCUCUGUUACUUGCGAGCCAUGUAACCUUUCAUUUGGUUUUGCAGGAGGAACUAACUUGGCUGAACUUGACUUGUUCUGGAUGAGGCGAAGAAUUGCCCUUGUUAGCCAAGAACCAGUGUUAUUUGCCACAACAAUAGCAAACAACAUUGCAUAUGGACGUGAAGCAACUCAAGAGGAGGUAUAUAAAAUUAACAGCACGUUAGUUGGUAUCUUGAAACAAAGCAAGUUUUAUUUGUCUGUUUAGAAAAAGAAUAUAUGAAACUUCCAACUUUAAAUCUUCAAACAUAUUUUAAUGUAAAUAUUCCAUAUGAUACAAGAUCAUCACAGUUGGGUGAUGAAGCUGAAAAAAAAGUUUUGACAAACAAACAUGAAAAAAAAUCGGCUGGAACAGGAUUCAGACACAUAACCUUUGCAAUACUGGGGUCAAAUUUAAUCAAACAUUUGCAAGUGCAUAUUACGAAUUUAAAAAAAUGGCUACACUAACUUGUAAGUUUUAUUAAAUUGACCCCUGUUGAACUGGUGCUCUGAGCUGUGGGUUGAUUAUCACAUGAUCACUUUGGAAAAGACUGAGCCGAGAGAAGGUAUCCAGGCAUUUAUAUGAUGUAUGAUGGGACAAGGAAUUUGAACUCUAAGCCCUUUGCAGAAAUUGGUCAUGUGUUUAUGGUACCACUUAGCUUGUCUUGUUGAAUGGCAAACUAUCUGAGCAUUCAUUCAGAUCACAAAGCUUUGAGUGCAAUCAGCUGAAGCCCUUAUAGUUAAUUAAAACGUCUUUCAAGUCUUCUAGUCAAGUCAUUGCAGAAACACAAUAAUUAAACUUGGAAUGCUUCCCUUAAGGUGAGGGGAAAAUGUGUGAAUACGAAUAAAAUGUGCGUAUAACUGUGUUCGCAUUAAAAAAUCAGCCUAUUGCCAUUUCAUGAUCAAGGCAGUACUGUUAAGACUGUUAAGGUGUUUAAAGCAUUUAAUACUCAUUAUACUUUGUAGAUAGAGGAAGUUGCAAAACAGGCUAAUGCUCAUGACUUUAUAACAGGAUUUGAGGUAAGAAAUGAGUGAUGUGAAACAGUUUCUAUGCAAAAACAGUCUAGUAUACAAGGGUCAAGACGUACGUCACUGUAUGCUAAAUAAAAAUUGCAGUGGAGAAAACAAACAAUAUUUUUCUCUCUGUAAUACUUUCAUUUAAUUGUUGUGAAAAUGUGUGUUUAAACCAUGUUGAUAUCUUCAGUUGAUAAUGUCAAUGUAUUAAUAACAUAAUAUUAUAUUUAUUAAAGAAACUUGAAGUGUAUGGGCUUGGUAGGGAUUCCCUUCAAUGGUUUACCUCUUAUUUGAAGAACAGAUGGCAACCUGUUAAGCUGGAAGAUAAAAAGUCAAGUGUCGCUUUUGUUCGUCAUGGUAUUCCCCAGGGAUCCAUACUUGGCCCCUUGUUAUUUAUCGUCUUUAUCAAUGACCUACCGCUUUAUGUCACUUCAUCACGAAUUGAUUUGUAUGCCGAUGAUACAACUCUGGGACAGCUUAAGUCUAGAAGUUAGAAAUGCAGUAUAACUAAAAUCCUUUAAGAAUAAUUAUCGAAAUAUCUUAUUUAAAGAGCUGCAGGAAUUACUCCAUUUCAUAGUUUAGUCAUAUUCUUGCAUAUAUUUCACUAGCCAUAUCAUUAGCUCUUAUACUCAUUCAUAUUGAUGUAGGACUUCUAUAUUUCCUUAGUUUUAUUUAUUUUGUACUUAGACUUUGUACGUUCGGAAUCUUAUGUUUUUUUGUAAUUUUAAUUUAGAUAGAGGGCCACAAGUUUAGUAGUUUCUGUAACUAUUCCAUGCGACCCUCUUUAAAUAAUGUGUAUUAUUAUUAUUAUUAUUAUUAUUAUUAUUAAUGAAUAUUCUUAACUUCAUGCUACAUGUGGAUGUUAGGCCAAUAAAGUACGUGGAAUGGUUAACUAAUAGCCAAAGGUAUACCUUUGUUCUUAUUGAAGAUGGUUUUAUAGUAGUAAUUUUUCUUUAGGAAGGUUAUCAGACUGAAGUUGGUGAACGUGGUGUGAAGCUGUCUGGAGGCCAAAAGCAACGUGUAGCUAUAGCACGAGCUCUUCUGAUGGAUCCUGAGAUUCUCCUGCUUGAUGAGGUAAAUUAUGUUGGUGAAAUCAUCAUAAAAUCAUUAUAUAAGGAAUGCUAGGUUCAAAAGUUAGUGAGCAAAUUUCAGGUCUCACUGUCAACUGUAGAAGCAAAUUAGCCUGUUGUAAGGAGGGCGGGGGGGACCUAAUGCAGGAGAGUUAGUUACCCGGAUUAGGGGAAAUAAUAUUCACUCGAAGUACAUUUGACAUGUGUAUGUUAUUGUACUGUUGCAGGUAAGUUAAGAAACUGCUGCAAUACACUGUAUUUGCAGAAUGCAGUCAGCUGCCUUCUUAUGAAACCAUUAAUUAAGGCCUUAGAGGUUUUGACUCUUUGUAACACGGACUGGAGCAGUGCAGACGUGUGUUUUAGUGUGAGUGGGGAACAAGACAUAUUCCGUUUAAAAAUAUUUCUUGACUUUGUUUUAGGCAACAAGCGCAUUGGAUGCAGAAAGUGAGCAUUUUGUUAAAGAAGCCAUUGACCGUGCCAUGAUAAACAGAACAGUUCUUGUAAUUGCACAUAGACUGUCUACAGUUCGAAAUGCUGACCAGGUAUGUUGCAACUAAUUUUAAAUAUUUGUAUAAUAUCCUAAGUUAGAUGUGGGUAUAAUCAGUGAAAGGUUCGGGCAAUUCUGCUUUUUAUAAAAAGAUCAACUCUGCUACUUGAAAAGAGCAGAAAAAUUAACUUUCUGCAUUAUAUUUUAUAGAACAACAUGCAAAAUUGUUACCUUUUUUGUUAAUGGUAGUCGAUCAGGUGAAAAGAUAAAAAAAGGUACCUUUUUCGAAAAAAAGGCGGGUAUUUUAAGCUUUCGGGUGAAAAUAUUUUAACGUCAAUAUUGUCCGCUUUUCAUCCAUUUCUCACUUUACCAGACAAAACUUUAAAGCGCGAAAAAGGUACCUUUUUUGCGGUUUAGAAACGUUCCUGUAAAAAGAGCAAAAAAGGUACCUUUUUUGCGGUUGGAAGCGAUGUUCUCAUAAGUGCGAAAAAGGAACCUUAAAAAUAAAUGGCGUUUUCAAACUAUAUUUGAAAGCUGUUUCAAAUCCUACUGAUUGACAGAUGUCAACUGUUUGGCGCCAUUUGUUUUGCUUGAAUUGACUGACCCACUAGUCAAGAGACAAAUAUGGCGGAAUAUAUGGAAAGCAAUGUUACUUUAAUAAGGAAUCUCAUUGAAGACAAUAAAACGUACAAACAUGUCAGUGAAAUUCUCAGACAAAACUUUCCAGAAGUAACAAGAGGCUUUUCAGAAAGAAACGUGCGAUUGUUUUGUGCUAAAUAUGGGAUAAGACGACUGAACGAAUACGAAGUGGACUCCAUCGUUCAGAAGUGAAAAAGGGCACUCGCAAAACAAAACAGUUAUUAUGAUAACCCGCUCAGUUUAGACUUAAAAGAAGAAACACUUCUCUGCUGUUUGUCGUAGAUCGACGUAGAAUCUGAUAUAUUUUUUUUCGCAGAUUAAAAUGGUUCGACUUUUCAUAUAGGACUUUUUUUAAGUCUUCGCUCCACGCUUAAAAAUGGACCGGCUUGCUUAGGUCCUCUACAUGCAUCUAGUUUGAAAGAACCAAUAGCUAUUUCAUCCAUUUGGAUGGUAGCCAGUAUUUUCCGAUCUCUUCAGUCUAGUUUCUCAAUUUUGAUCAGCUAAAAGGAGCCAGCUAUUUUUUUAGUCCGAUGAUUCCCCAUAGUAGACCCUCGUCCACGUACGUAGCUCGGAAAAUAUGCCAAUAAUGUAGGACGCGAUAAUUAUAAUAUUGCGCGUCCGAGCCAUUUCUGUUAAAUAGCCGGGGCCACUGAGGAAUAGCCUCCCAUACAGGUGUUUCUAGGGCAGUCUAGGAUGGGUUUUGCUCGUUUUAAUUAGAUUCGGGACUGUGAAAUUCGAUUGUAGAAACGGGACAUAGAGUCCCCUAAAAACGUCUGUGUAUCGUUCGUUAGGGGCGCCAACGGUUGCUUGACAUCUGUCAGUCAGUAGGAUUUUAAUUGAAACAUCAUUUAUUUUUAAAGGUACCUUUUUCGCACUUUUGAUGAGAUUGCUUGUAACCGCAAAAAAGGUGCCUUUUUUGCUUUUUUGAUAGGAACGUUUCUAAACCGCAAAAAGGUACCUUUUUCUCGCUUUUAAAGAGAUCGCUUCAAACUGAAAAAAAGGUACCUUUUUCGCGCUUUAAAGUUUUGUUUAGUAAAGUGAGAAAUGUAUGAAAAGCGGACAAUAUUGACGUUAAAAUAUUUUCACCCGAAAGCUUAAAAUACCCGCCUUUUUUUCGAAAAAGGUACCUUUUUUUAUCUUUUCACCUGAUCGACUAGCAGUAACAAAAAAGGUAACAAUUUUGCAUGUUGUUCUAUAAAAAAUUAAACUCAUCACAAAUAGAUGAGCUUGGGAACUGGUGCCUAAAAGGUUAGCGGGGUGCCAGAUGCCAAGCUGCAGGGGAGGUAUCCAUGGCAACCCUGGAACGCGGGAACCACCCAAAAGAGCGCCCGCUAACCGGCACCGUCACACUGAAACAAUCAGUGGAAAUAACUUACCUGAAAAUACUUACCCUGAUGACCCAACGCAAAAGAGGGAGGGAGGAGAGGGUGCAAGAAUCCGCAAUGAUUCGCAAUAGCAAAGCGUUUGAUCCGCAAAGAUCAGCUGAUAACACUGCACGUGUAAAGCAAUGAACCUUGAAACCCUGUGAAACCUCUAGAGGCCACCUCAAAGGUCACGUGCUGCAGAUGAGAGAGACCGCUGGCUGCAUUUGUUCACAUUUUAACUUUGCCUAAAUGAUAUUUAGCCACAUUAAAUGCAGAAAGUUAAUUUUUCUGCUCUUUUCAAGUAGCAGAGUUGAUCUUUUGGUAAAAAAGCAGAAUUGCCGGAACCUUUCACUGAUCGGGUAUCCCCAGAGUUACUACCCUACUUUUCCAAGUGCCAUUGUCACUGAAUAAUAUAGGUUUUUGUAGUUGUUGAGUGCAGAACAUUGGUAUCCAGACCGUGUCGUUUAAAGCUGGGUUUAAAUAACCCAGAGUUAUUGCAAAGUUUGAACUCAGAUAUAAAAGCUCUAAAAGCUAAUGUACAGUUCCAGGAAAUAUCCAUUCAUCUCCCCCAUGGAGGUGCCGUUCCAGAAAUUGCCUACAGUCCAACCUCCAUGUGCGACCACUUCUCGUAGGUAACCACCUCCCUUAAGCGACCACCCAUCCUAAACACCAAAACGGGCCCAGUCAAAGGCCUACAGUUGGAACCUCUAGUAAACAACUACCUCCUUUUGAGCCUAAAAGUUUAAUGAUUUUCCAUUGUUUUUAACCUCUUGUAAGCGACCACUUGAGGCAUUCUCUGAUCUCUAUGUUCGCUGUGUGCACUAUGCUGCUUGGAAUAUGUGAAGAACUUAAGUAAAAACACGGAACUACACAUGGCCUAAAUUAGAAAUUGCAUGCAAUAAAUUAUCUUCCAAAAAGUAGAUGUGUCCAGACCACUUCUCGGAAGAUUCCCCCAUGUGGUUCUAUUCUUGUAAACGACCACCUACCGUAAACGACCACUAAGUCUUUGUAUUUUGGGUGGUAGCUUAUGGGAGGUUCGACUGUAGGCAAAAAAUGUUCCUUAACAAAGGAAAAUGAAUCCCAUAUUAAUAUUUAACCCUGUUUUAGUUUUUAUCACCCUUUGACAACUCACCCCAGACAUUUACCCUUAAAAAGAUAGAUUUUGAGAAAAUUCACAUCUUAACCAACCUUAUUUUGUUAUUUAGGUUUUAGUGAUUGAAAAGGGCCGUAUUGUUGAGCGUGGUACUCAUGAGACAUUGUUGGCUCAGGCAGGCGUAUAUAAAAAACUGGUUUUACGGCAGCUUAGCACAUCUCACAACACAGCUGCUGCUUUAGAUGACAGCUUUGAUCUGGAUCUGUUAAAGCCUGGUGAACCCAAUAUUUUAGAAGGCGAUGAACCCUAA